AUGUCAACAAGACUAGAAAGAUUAGCCAAUAAAGAAGCGAACGAGAAGCAUGCUAAGAUAUUAACUGAACUGCUUCAAAAGGCUCACAAUAAACAUUGCGCUGACUGUAGAAGAAAAGAUCCUCGAUGGGCUUCUUGGAACUUGGGCAUCUUUAUUUGCAUACGAUGUUCAGGCAUUCAUAGGUCUUUAGGGACACAUAUUAGUAAAGUAAAGUCGGUUGAUUUAGAUACUUGGGCUCCUGAUCAGAUUGAAAGUAUGGUUCAUUGGGGAAAUCAACGCGCGAACGCUUAUUGGGAAGCAAACCUUGGAGACAGGCGACCUGAGGACCAAUUAAUGGAUAAAUGGAUAAGGGCAAAGUAUGAACAAAAGAAGUGGGUAGAAAGCAAUCAAGUGCCUGAUCCUUCAGUCAUUAAAGUGAAUGACACAGUAAGAUGUCAAGAAUAA